AUGCCGAACAAGAAAGAGCAAAAGCUGCGCGAAAAGGCACGAGCAGCACGCGAACAGAAAGGGAAGUUCGCCACCACUGAGCAGCAGCAAGAUUUUGACACAGGUGAACUCGGUACAAGCGUCGUGGAGCUGCUAGACAAGGCACUCGGCAGCAAUAUCCUUGAGGAUGUGAAGUCAACAGACCCGGCGAAGUUCAAUAAAGGCGCUCAGAUCUUCGAGUUCCGCGAGGUCAUGCAAGAAGUGCUUGUCGCUCUAAAGAAGGCGGACAAGAUUGCACGUGAGAAAGACAAGGCGGAAUUGUAA